AUGAAUGAAAACUUUCCAGCUAAAACCGUGGGUAUGUCUACGCGUGAUCCACCAUGGAUGACUCCGCUGGCUAAAGCUCUGCUGAAGAAAAAAGCCAAGGCUAAAUGCCACAGCCCGGAUGGAUGUCCAAUUAAUCUUAAAGAAAGAAUUAACGCGAUUGUUACAGAAAAUCGUAAAUCGCUUGCGAGUGGAAAGAUGGGCUCUAAGGCCUGGUGGAAAAAGGUCGAUGCGCUGUCAAAGAGAAAAGAAAGGUCCAACCCCAGCUUUGACGAGGACUCUGUGAGAGAACUUAAUCAUUAUUUUGCAAAUUUUUGUCACGAUGAAGAUUAUAUCAGACCCGUACCCAUGGACAUCACGGAAAACAUUCCUGCACCACAGCUCACACUGAGCCAGGUUUACUACGCUCUGCUCAAAACAAAGCAAACAUCUACCGGCCCAGAUAAUAUACCAUUC